UUGGUAAGCAUGAGUUAACUGGGCAUAAAGUUGCAGUGAAGAUACUGAAUCGACAGAAGAUUCGCAGCCUUGAUGUUGUAGGAAAAAUCCGCAGGGAGAUUCAGAACCUCAAACUCUUCAGGCAUCCUCACAUAAUUAAGCUGUACCAGGUCAUCAGUACACCAACUGACAUUUUCAUGGUGAUGGAGUAUGUUUCAGGAGGAGAACUGUUUGAUUAUAUCUGUAAAAAUGGAAGGCUUGAUGAGAAGGAAAGCAGACGUCUGUUCCAGCAAAUCCUUUCUGGCGUGGAUUACUGUCAUAGACACAUGGUAGUACAUAGAGAUCUGAAACCUGAAAAUGUGCUGCUUGAUGCACACAUGAAUGCCAAGAUAGCAGACUUUGGUCUAUCAAAUAUGAUGUCAGAUGGAGAAUUUUUAAGAACAAGCUGUGGUUCCCCUAACUAUGCUGCUCCAGAAGUAAUUUCAGGAAGAUUAUAUGCAGGUCCUGAAGUAGAUAUUUGGAGCAGUGGGGUUAUUCUCUAUGCUUUGUUGUGUGGAACACUUCCAUUUGAUGAUGAUCACGUGCCGACACUUUUUAAGAAGAUAUGUGAUGGUAUAUUUUAUACCCCUCAGUACCUGAAUCCAUCUGUAAUUAGUCUGUUGAAGCACAUGUUGCAAGUGGAUCCAAUGAAGAGAGCAACAAUCAGAGACAUUAGGGAACAUGAAUGGUUUAAGCAGGACCUUCCCAAAUACUUGUUUCCCGAAGACCCAUCAUACAGCUCCACCAUGAUUGAUGAUGAAGCCUUAAAAGAAGUGUGUGAGAAGUUUGAGUGCACUGAAGAGGAAGUGCUAAGUUGUCUGUACAGCCGCAAUCAUCAGGACCCUUUAGCAGUUGCUUAUCACCUCAUUAUUGAUAAUAGAAGAAUAAUGAAUGAGGCCAAAGACUUCUACUUGGCUACAAGCCCACCGGAUUCUUUUCUUGAUGAUCACCAUCUGUCUCGCCCUCAUCCGGAAAGACCUCAUCCUGAAAGAGUGCCAUUCUUAGUAGCGGGGGCCCCCCCCCCCCGCCAUACUCUUGAUGAGCUGAAUCCACAGAAGUCAAAACACCAGGGUGUAAGAAGAGCCAAGUGGCACUUGGGAAUACGGAGUCAGAGUCGACCAAAUGAUAUCAUGGCUGAAGUUUGUCGAGCAAUUAAACAACUGGAUUAUGAAUGGAAGGUUGUAAAUCCGUAUUAUCUUCGUGUUCGAAGGAAGAAUCCAGUAACAAGUGCAUAUUCUAAAAUGAGUCUGCAGUUGUAUCAGGUGGACAGCAGAACAUACUUACUGGACUUCCGUAGCAUUGAUGAUGAAAUCAAUGAAGCAAAGUCUGGUACUGCAACUCCACAGAGAUCAGGUUCGGUGAGCAACUAUAGAUCCUGUCAAAAAGAUUCAGAUGCUGAUGCGCAAGGAAAAUCUGCAGAUACCUCCCUUACCUCAUCAGUGAGCUCUUCGCUUGACUCUUCUACAGCUGACUUAACUCCAAGACCAGGGAGUCAUACAAUAGAAUUUUUUGAGAUGUGUGCAAAUCUUAUUAAAAUACUUGCACAAUAAUUUUGAAGAUGGGCUUAUUUCUUUUACAGCAAUAAGCAUGUCUAAAUCAUAGUCAGAUGCUUCCAGUUAUAAUCAACUUAAAUUAACUAAGGCGCUGAAAAAGCUAGCCACAGAAUGCAAUUUGCACAGAGAUUGAAAUGAUUAUGGGCAGUUAAUGUAUAUUAUUUUGAAGCUGGGGUGAAUUCUGAUUGUCUCCUGUCCAACAGUGUAAUACAGGUACAGGGAAUCACA